CCACAGCAAUAAUGUCAACACUGUGGCGGCCAUAACAAGGAAUUUGUCAAGUAAAGUGGUGUUAAUUUCUACACGAAAAAGCUGAAAUUACGCUGUCAAAAUGAGUUUGAGGGGUACAAACAGUAUCCUCACUGAGCUAGAAUGGGACGAGGGAUUGAGUAUGCCUGUAGCAAACGCAGAAAACAAGUUGCUGGAGGAAGAUGUUCAAACAAAACAGAGGCAGAUUGUUUCCGACACAUCCGAGUUAUCAGAAACAGACGAUCGUCUUCAUGCUAUGUCAGAACAUUUACGUAAUGUUCGCCAAGAGCUACAUCAUACACAGGGUUUGGUUAAUGCUAGGAAGAAAGAGACUGAAACAGAAGAACAUCUACUAGUAAUUGCUCAACGUGAAGAAGGGCGUUUGAAGCAAGAGAUUAAAAGGAUCGCUAAAGAAUAUGAAGAUCUUAAGGAAAAGAAAAAUAUAUAUGAGAAUAACAUUUUCCGGCAAGCUCAACUGUUAGAAGAAAUGAAGUCACAGAUGAACUGGGAUCAGCAGGCUCUAGAGGCAUGGCUGGAAGAAUCGGCUCGUAAAGAUGAAGAUUCCAUGACCUUACAGAAAUACACCAGACAAGAUGAAAGCAAAAUAAAGGAACUGUCAUUAAGAAUGGAGAAAUUAACAGAAGAGGCCAGACAAAAACGGCGUCAACUUGAUCAUGAGUUGACAGACACACUGACAGCACAGAUCGAGUUGGAUAAAACAGCCGAAGAUUUCCGUAAAGCUCACAUUGAUCGUCAAGAUUUAAUUAAACAGUGGGAACAUACAAUAGAACAAAUGCAGAAACGAGAUAAAGACAUGGAUUUAUUAGCAGCCCAAUUGGCAAAAGUUAAGAUAGAAGUAAGAAAGCGAGAAGAAAUGAUCAAAGAAAAGCAACAGUUUUUAGACAGCCAAUCAGAAAACAAUACUGAACAAGAAAAGAAAAUCUCUAUUGCAGAAAGGACGUCUGCUAGAAUCCGAUUAGAAUUACAAGAAGCAGAAACGCAAAGAUUACAAUUUCAAGAUGAGUUAGAUACAUUAAAAAGAACAGUUGAUAGAACAGCUACAGAUUUAGAAUCUACACGAUCUAAUGUAUCACAAUUAAAAAAAGAUGUCAUAGAUAAAACUAAUCAAUUAGAAAUGGCCAAAGAAUUGCGAGAACAAUUAGUAGAUAAACUGAAAGUAGCCACUGAGUCUACUCUCUCUGCAGAAGAAAAAGCUGCAAGGAUGGAUGAAUAUUUAAACAAAGAGGAAGAAAGACAGAGAGAUAUUGAACAACAAUUAAAAUAUUUACGUGAUAUGCAGUUCCGUAAAAUGCAGGAAUUACACGAUAACAAAACAGAAGAAAAAAAUAUCGAAGCUGAAAUUCAGGGAAGUUAUGCGGCUUUAAGAAAUCUAUCAAGUAAAGUCAGUAAAUUGGAUACAGAUUCUUUAAAACAACAAGAAAUUAUUUAUAAUCAGGAUUUUGCUAUUCAACAAUUGGAGAGAAGAAUGAAUCGUAUGCAGGGGGAAAAGAGUAAUGAAGAGAAAUUACAUUUAGAAGCUAAAAUAGUUUCUUUAACUAAAGAAUUAGAAAAUAAACAAGCCACACAUACUUUAUUAACUAAUCAACUUAAAAGACUACAGGAUGAUGUGCGUCGAGUUACUUAUGAUUUACAGAAGACUGGUGCUGAGAAAGAUGAUUUAACCAGUAAAAUAGAAGAACUUGAUUUAUAUAAUGACAGUUCAGAACGGGAACUUCGUAAAAUUAUUUCUACUAAACAGAGUAUGAUGGUGGAUGAAAAUGUGAUGAAAUUAGAGAUAAAAAGAUUAAGAGAUGCUCUUAAUGAAAAAUCUGAUACAGUUUAUAAUCUAGAAAAACGUCAGUUACAGCUUGAUACAGCAAUGAAAGAAAGAAAAGAAGAAAUUAAUAUUCAUCGAGAUAUGUUGGUGUCACAGUAUCGGGUAGCUAACGAUGAGAGGCAACAAAUUAGCGCUGAACUUCAUGAAAGAAUUUCGAAGAUAGAUAAAUUGAGAAAAAGGUAUGAAAUUUUAAUGGUUUCAAUGGCACCACCAGAAGGAGAAGAAGAUAAAUCUCAGGCCUAUUAUGUUAUAAAAGCUGCACAAGAAAAAGAAGAAUUACAAAGAACAGGAGAUGAUUUGGAUGCUAGAAUACGAAAAGCAGAAAAAGAAAUUAGAGCCCUUGAAAAUACUCUUCGACUUAUGAAUGGUAGAAAUGAACAAUACAGAAAAAGUUUCAACAAAAUAACUGAAACAAGUGAUGAAAUGGAAGAUAAACAACAAAUAGAAGAACAGAUGAGAGCCGUAAUGGAUAAAUAUAAAUAUAAACGAAGACAGAUCCGUGAAUUACAGGAAGAUUUACAGACAAUGAGUGGUACUUUAGAUAAUUUAGUUCGAGAUGAAGAUGCUUAUGUUGAAAUGAUUGAAGAUAAAAAGAAUAAAAUUCUUCAAUUGAACAAAGAUUUGGAUGAACAGAGAGCUAAAUUAGAAAGAGUUGCAAAACAGAAUGUGAAGUAUUCUAAAGAACUGAGAACAAAUAAGAAAAGUAAAGGAGAAACUGAUGAAGAGCGGGAUUUUGAAGUACGAGAAUUACGAGAGUUCAAUAAGAAUGUUAUGAGACAAGUGGGAGAAAGUGCACAGAAUAAUCCAGAGAUAGCAGAGGCUGUUAGCAUGUACUUUGCUCAGGCCAAUCUGCCACCACCUACACCAUCAGGACGUGGGUUGGGAAGUGCUCGUAGUAGCUUAUCUUCCGUUCGCAGUACAACAUCUAGUGUUGGUAAAACUCCUCCAUCAAGUCGUGGUAGACCUACACCAGUACAGAUUGGAUCUGAUUUAGAUGUAUCUGGGGUCAGAUCACCAGCAAGUUCUCGUUCUUCAUUAAACAGUGUAAGAAGUGUCCGCAGUCAACUCAGCGCUGGUGGCAAGAACUAAGCAAAGAUAUAAAAGUGUCCAAUUUUCUGUGAUAUUUGUCUUUCAUAUUUAUAAUUUGUAAAUGUUUAAAAAGCAUUAUUUUCACUAAAACAUUGUACAGUAAAUGCAUAUUUUACCAAAGAUAUGAAAGUUUCUUAUUGUUUUAAUAUCCAUAAAACAAUCUGAGGUAUUUUUUAAUAUAGUUCAGUUAAAAUGUGGUGUGUUAUGUUAAAUAUUAUUGUAUUUACAAAAUUAAAAUUCAGAUUUUAAAUUUAAUAUUUGCAUUUUAUUUACAUACAAAGAAGCUUUACUUGCUUUUACAGUGACACAACUAAACAUAAAUGUCAACAUCAUAUUAUACAAGCCAGGAUAUAAGGCACUGGUCACAGACAUUUGUCAGGCACAAAUUCAGAAAAAUGUCAGGCACAAAUUCAGAAAAAUGUCAGGCACAAUCCCUCUGACACCUGUCAUUUUGUCUGGCACUGAUCUGUCUUUUUUCUGUGUUUUUAUUGAUAUUAUUCAUAAAUUGAAAAUAUCAGGAACUAUUUCAUUAGUGUCUGAUAUUUUGUCAGGUACAACUAAAACUGUUAUAUCCAGUAGGCUUGAUCAUAUUAUAAUGAUGUAUUUUUUAAUCACCAUUAAAUCUUUCUCUUAAAUUUAACUAUUCAUUUAUGAAUGUAAAAACUACUCUGUAAGUUGUUACUGUCCUA